AUGGCAAUAAACCGUAAACAGAGAAAAAGGAAGAAACAGUCUAAACAGCCUCAAGUUAAGGGUAUCGCCCGUCUCAAAAUUGACGCACCAAAUCUUCAAUCUCUUAGAAUUCAAGGAAAGUUUGAAGAUGUUGAACUCAUGAAUACCUUGAUCUUGUUCAUGUUUCAAUUGAACGAAAAUGGCCUUAUGGUAGGUGGGACAGAUUGCUCAGAAGCGCAACUAAAUCCCCAAGAAAUUGAGGAGGCAACCUCCUGGGAAUUCCUUAAACUGCAACGUGUGAAAGUAACCGGUUUAUGUGGUGCAAGAGUUGAACUAGAAUUCAUCAGGAAUCUGCUUUUAAGCUCCCCUGGUCUUCAAGAAUUCCAUAUCUCGUUUCAAGAGAAUAAGAAUAAUAACAGAAUUCGAAAGAGCAUGUGGAGACUAGGUGAUGCUACUAUGGGAAACGGAAAUCCCGAGUUCACCCAACUGCGACGUAUGAACAUUAGUGGCUUUUCUUGUGCCGAAACAGAAAUAGGUUUCAUCAAAUAUUUACUUACAAGUUCACCCAUGCUUCACCAGAUAACUCUUCAACCUGCUUCUGCCGAUGUUGCUUGGGAAGUAACUAAGCUUUUGAUAGAGUUCAAGAGCAGCAACUCGGUACAGGCAGAUUUCAAGUUAUUGGAUCCAUCAUAUCCUUCUGAUGACUACCACCCCCAAGCUGGUAGGCUUUAUUCUGGCUUCUCCCCAUCUGACGACUCUGACUAUUUUUCUGAUUAUUGA